AUGAAAAAAAAAAAAGAGUGCAUGAGUAAAGGAGUGUGUGGUAUUUCGCAUUUUAGGGAUUAUUUUGGCAUGCUUCGUAAGGGAAGAAAACGUUACAAAAGAGCGCAUCAAGUACGUGGUCCAUCCUUAGAGCAGCAGAUUGUUGACCAUGUGGAUCACCUUGGUUCACGUGAAUAUUACAUUGUAAAAGAACGCAAACCUCGGUUUACGCCUAAAAAAAGGAGGAAAAAACGUGCUGCUCGUCGCCGUGCCGGUCGUCGUGGUGUGGGUCGCCGCAUGAUUAUUGAUAUUCAUUUAGAAGUCUUAAACGAAUGUCAGAAAGGGGGCCUGCAUUCGACGAAGGAAGACUUUUUUGAAAUUUUGGUUAAAGAAUUCAUGGAAAGUGAGUUCAUAAAAGAAGACUUUGUUCCUAAGGAACAGAUUCCGGGUUUAGGGAAAAAGACUUUAUUCCUAAGGAAGGAGUCGCUAAGGAAUGUGUUCCUAUGGUUGAUGUUCCUAAGGAAGAGGUUCGAAUUUCAGAUUCGGGGUUUAGGGAGGAAGACAUUAUUCGUAAGGAAAGAUUCUCCUAAGGAGCAGGUUCCAUGUUCAGGUUCAGUGUUUCGGGAGGAAGACUUAGUUCCUGAGGAAGAUAUUAUUAAAGGAAAGUUCCCUAGGGAAGAUGUUCCUAAGGAAGGUGUUUCUGAUGAGGAAGUUCCUAAAGAACAGGUUCCAAAGUUCAGAUUUUCC